AUGUCGCAGCUUCGCGAAAAGCUGCAGUAUGAGAUAGUGCUGACCGACCACUGGAAUCAGCAAGUCGGCCUUCGUCAGAGUCAGAUGUUCCUUCUCGUGGAAGAUCUCAGCCACUCUGAUUUCUCGGGCGAACUUCUUAGGGGUAGCCCUGGUGUCGCUCAACUGCCGCUACAAGACUCGAACACGGACGAUCGACCCCCAGCUCCCGCCGCCGGCAAUAGGACUCUGCGAAUGUCUUCUCGUACUUCAGCCCAACCGGCUAAGCGGGUGAAGGUGUACGCGCCGGACGCUCCGAUGGUGGGAAAGACGUUUCCAAGGGUUCUAUGA